AUGAGGGGCGCCUCGCCGCCGCGCUUCCCCGCCCGCGUGUCUCUGUCUUGGUUUCACUUCGAGCCUCCGCAGCGCUGCAGGCAGCUGUGUCUGAAGUGCUGCUUCGUGUUUGCUGCUGCAGCAGCAGUGUGGGGUUUCUUUGCUGCUGCCAAGGCUCUCGUUGGCUCUGUCUUGCUCAGCAGCGCAGCAUGUCUUUGCUGCUUUGCUGCUGCUCUUUACUCCCUUACUCUUGCGCUGGCUUUCCCAGGCAGCAACAGUCUCUUUCAGUGGUACAUGCAGCAGCAGCUGGCAGCAGAAGCAGCUGACGAUUUGCUGCUGCGGCUGCGGCCCCUCGAGCUGCUGCUGCUGCACCUCCUUGCUGCUCCCGUCCCCGGCCUUUCUGAAGAAGCAAAAGCUGCUGCCAUCAGCUCUGCUGCUCCCUCCUGUCUUUCCCGCUCGCUCUCCAGCAGCAGCAGCAGCGACAGUGACACGAGCAGCAGCAGCAGCAGCAGCAGCAGCAGCAGCAGCAGCAGCAGCGGGCUCCUCUCCCUGUUGAGCUCAGCUGACGCUGUGCAGAGCAGCAGCUUGUUUGCAGCUGAAGAGGGGGAUGUGAAAGAAAGUCUUUCAGAUUGCUGCUUCUUAUUGUCUUCUCAUCUUCUGGCCUUUCAGUCUCUUCACCUCAAGGCCGACGGGCUGCUGCAGCAGCGUGCUGCAGCAGCAGCAGCAGCAGCAGACGCAGGCGCAGCAGCAGCAGCAGCAGCGGCCGAGGCGCAGCUGCCGGGAUGGCUGCAGCAGCAGCUAGACAGAUGCACCUUAUCCUGGCUGCAGGAGGCCACUGCCUUUUCUAUUGCUUCUCUCCUUGCGCAGCUCUUCGACAUUUGCGUCACUGCAGCAGCAGCAGGGGCAGCAGCAGCAGCAGCAGCAGCAGCAGCGUCCCGACGCGCUGCAGCUGCGCCCUCUGCAGCAGCUGCUGCUAAAAAGGGAGCAGCAGAGCAGCAGAGCUACCGCCUGGUGCAUGUACUGGGCUUGCCGCACCCUUCAGCUGCAGCAGAAAGCAAAGCAGCAGCAGCAGCGCCUGCAGCAAGCAGCAGCAGCAGCAGCAGCAGCAGCAGCAGCAGCAGCCUGUGGGGCGAGAGCAGCCCGGAGGCGACGCUGCCGCUUGCUGCUCUGCAGCUUGCUGCUGCAGAAGACGUGCGUGCAUGCGCUGCUGCGCUGCAGCAGCUGCAUGCAUUGGUGCUGCUGCUGCUGCCGUUUCAGAGGUCCAGUCAGCAGCACCGGCGGCAAGAAGUGCUGCAGCAGCAGCAGCAAUGGUCACCCCUCUCCCGGCUCGUGCUGCUGCUGCUGCGCUGCCUCGUGCCCCCCCCGCUGGCCUCGCUGCCGCUGCUGCAGCAGCAAGCAGCAGGAGUGUGGGGCCUGCAGGGAGAUGCAGCAGGAGUUGAGGUUUGGCUGCCGGUGCUGCAGCACAGCCGGCGAGCUCACUUUGCUGCUGCUGCUGCUCGGUCUUGUGCUGCAGCAAAACGGCUCGCGGCGCGCUGCUGGGGCCGCUGCUGCAGCAGCAGCAGCAGCAGCAGGGUGUUCAACCUGCAGCAGCAGCACUCGGCGCUGCUGCAGCACCCGGCCGACGACUCUCUGACCCUGCAGCCCAGGGCUGCUGCUGCUGCUCCCUUGCCUCGUGCUGCUGCUAGCUGCGCUGCGAAAGGCGCAGCAGCAGCAGCAGCAGCAGCAAAACGUUUGCUGCUUCCAGUCUCUAAGCUGCUGAAGCCCCCUCCCCCGAAGCAGGUGUAUGUACAGUGUCUCUUCAUCCCAGCCCCGGGGACUCACUGGCUGCUGCCAGCUAGCUGCUGCUGCAGCGCAGCAGCAGCAGCAGCUGCUGCUGAGAUGCUGCCUUACGACUUCUGCUUCCCUCCGAGCCGCUGCCGCCACUGCCCUCCAGCCGGCGCCCCUGAAGAUGCGACGCAGCAGCAGCAGCAGCAGCAGCAGCAGCAGCAGCAAGAGGCAGAGCUGCUGCUGGCAGCAAAUGGCAGCCGCUGUGCUGCAGUGCGCGCUGCGCUGGCCGAGGGAUUCUUGUGCCGCCUUGCUGCUGAAGCAUCUCAGCUGCAAGCAGCAGCUUUUUCCCUGCUGCUGUGUUUAGCGAAGCAGUAUCUUGCUGCUGCUGCUGCUGCUGCUGCUGCUGAAGCACCUUUGAGGCCUGAAAGCAGAAUGGGAGGCUUCGCGCGCCGGCUUCAGGUCGUCGACAACAGUGCGCAGCAGCAGCAGCAGCAGCAGCAGCAGCAGCAGCAGCAGCAGCAGGAGCGAGCACAGCCUCGACUUGCUGCUGCUGCCCUCAUGAACUUCAGUUUUACUGCAGCAGCAGCUGCAGCAGAAGCGGCGAAGCAGAAAGCCGUGCAGUCCGUGUCCCGCCUUUACACGCGCUGUUUCGCCUCUCAGCAACAGGAGCGUGAGCUGCUGCUGCAGCAGCACAGCAGCAGCAGCAGCAGCAGCAGCAGCAGCAGCAGCAGACAAAAGUGCACGCAUGAGACUCUACUUGCUGCAGAAAACACCCAGGGGGCGCCUUCGCCCUCUCUGCGUUUCGUGUGCGGCUGCCGCGGCCCAGGCCAGCUGGCUGGAGGCAGCACGCCAGCAGCAGCGGGAGCAGCAGCAGCAGCAGCAGCAGCAACAGCAGCAGCGGCAGCAGGCGGGAUCUCUAUAGGAGGAGAUGUGGUGCUGAUGUUCAACCCUAACGCGGGGGCUCUUGAAAUGAUGGUUGCUGGCAGAGACCCUGAAGUAGAGUGUUACUUGAACAGGGGUCUCAGCGUUUUGUGCUUCAACUACCGCGGCUGCUCGUCUUCGGGCGGCAGCAUUUCUCUCUUUAAUGUUCUGGCUGAUGGCUUUUCUCUUUACAAGUUCCUCGGCUCUCUUGCGGCACCUGCAGCAGCAGCUGCUGCUGCUGCAGCAGCAGCUAAUCAAAUACGCUGCUGUCGGGCUUCCUGUUUUGCAGGCGCUCGAAGAGCGGCUCUUCACGGCCGAUCUAUUGGGGGGCUUCCAGCGGCCUACACUGCGUGUCUGUCACAAACGCUGCACGGGCAGCAGCAACAGCAGCAGCAGCAGCAGCAGCAGCAGCAGCAGUUUCUGCUGCAGCCCCAGCAGCAGCAAUUUGCGGUGGCCGCCGCAGCCGCCACUCCUAGCUGCUGCUACAGCUCUUUGUUUUCGCGAGAGAUCAGCAGCAACAGCACCGCCAGCACCGCAGCUUGUAGCGUUAUCCGCAGCAGCAGCGAAAGCAGCAGCAGCAGCAGCAGCAGCAGCAAUAGCAGCAGCAAGCUUGCACCUGUGAGCCUGCUGUGCAUUGACAGAAGCUUUGCAUCUCUAGAAGCAGCAGCAGCUUCUCUGUUCGGCUGGUGGGCAGCAGCAGCAGUCCGAGCGACGGCUGCUGUCACUGCACUAGCAGCACCAACUUGGUGCAGCAGCAGCUGCUGCAGCAGCAGCUGCAGCAGCACCUGCAGCUGCAGCAGCACCACCAGCUGCAGCGAAGCAGGCGACCCCCCAGAGCAGCACACGUGCUGCACACGAUCGGGGGAGCUGCUGAUGCUGGAGGCAGGUGAGAGCAGCAGCAGCAGCAGCAGCAGCAGCAUUCUCGUUCCUUCUAGCUUCUCCGCGGCUGCAGCAGCAGCGGGAGCACCAGAAGCCCCAGCAGCAGCGGCAGCAGCCUCCGCAGCAGCAGCAGCAGCAGCAGCAGCAGAGUGCGCAGCAGGAGCCUGCUCAGCCUCAGCCUUCAGGGCUGUGAGAUUUGCCAAAGUGCUGAUCUAUACACCUCAAGACGAAAUAAUUAGUGAUGCUGCUUCUCUCAAGACUGCAGUGGCGAGGCAGCUGCUGCCUCGCGUGCUGCAGUCCCUGCACGAGCUGCUGCUGCUGCAGCGCAGCAGCAGCAGCAGCAGCAGCGGGAGCGCCUACGGGGUUGCCGCUGCUGCUGCUGCUGCGCAGCCGCUGCAUGCAGCUGCCAAAGCUGCCAGUCAAAGGGAAGCUCCCCUGCAGCUGCAGCAGCAGCAGCAGCAGCAGCAGCUGGAGCUGCAGCCAGGCGCAGCAGCAGGAAGCAGCAGCAGGGUGUCUUCUGCUGAAGCAGAGGAAACACACUACUUCGGCUGCGUCUCUGCUGCUUGGAGCUUCCUGGGCCAAUCUCUUCUUCUUGCUGCUGCUGCUGAGGACAGCGCUUCAGGCCUUGAAGCUCCGCACCACUAUUCCAUGCUGCAUGCGGCGUUCCAAGCAGGUGCAGCAGCAGCGGCAGCAGAAGCAGCAGCAGAAGCUGAUGACUCCCCCCUCGACCCCUGCCAGGAGCAGCAGCGGCAGCUGCAGCAGCGGCAGCUGCAGCAGCGGCUGCAGCAGCUGCAGCAGCAGCUCUGCGGCGUCUUCAGCAAAACUUUAAAAGGGGCUUAUCGUCUCAUUAAAGCAUCGCCGCCUCCAGAGGAAAGGGAAGUGCUUUCUCUUGCGGAGGAUUCCCAAGUAGAGCUUGUUUUAAGUAGUAGUAGUAGCAGCAGCAGCAGCAGCAGCAGCAGCAGCAGAGGAUUUGAAGUUGCUGCUGGCCGCGCACCCGCUGGCGGUUUUGCUCCGUCUUUGCCGCGGCAGCUGCUUGCUGCCGCGGGCUCAAUAAGCCAGCGCUGCCUCCGCAGCAGCAGCAGCAACGCAGCAGCAGCAACAGCAGCGGAAGUGCAGCAAGUGCUGCUGUUCUGGCUAUCACCUCUACAGAAUGAUCUUGCGGAUGUGGCAGGGACACUGGGGGGGCUGCUGAAUGCCGCAGGCUGUUUGCUGGGGUCUUCGCUGCAGCGGGCAGCAGCAGCAGCAGCAGCAGCAGCAGCGGUUCCGGCCUCAGGAGGAGCAGCAGCAGCUGCAGCACACCUUAAGGACUUCUUCUGCAGCCUUUACCUGUGGGGUUGCGUUCCAACAACUCACUUGCUCGGAGCUGCGGCCUCUAUAACAGCAGCAGCAGCAGCAGAAAUGGUGCAGCAGCUGCUGCAGCAGCAGCAACAGCUGCCGCAGGAACCGCUGGAAGCGGAGCAACAGCCGCAGCAGCAACUGCUGAAGCCCUCCGUAUGGCUACAGCUGCUCCCCUUCUUGCGAGGAGAUAUACUUAGAGAUUUGCUGCUGCUGUCUCUAUUUAAGGCCAAGCUGCUGCAGCAGCAAAUUCGGCCGCAGCAGCAGCAGCAACAGCAGCAGCGGGUCUCGCAACUGUUUGCUGCGGCUGUGAAAACUGCGGAAGCGGCGCAGCAGUUGCCUCCCACAUCUGGCGCCCCUGCAGCAGCAGCAGCAGCGCAGCAGCUGCUGCAGCUCAUCGCCGAGCAGCAGAAGCUGCUGCUGCUGCAAGGCGCUAUGCCGAAGUCCCACCAAAGCAGCAGCAGCAGCAGCAGGAGGCGCCAGCGCGCCUCAAGGAACGAAGCAAAUCUCUUAGAAGUGUUUUGUGCUGAAUUUGGUUCCGUCACGCCAGAGAUGCUUCAGCAGCAGCAGCAGCAGCAGCAGCAGCAGCAGAUCUCUCUGGGAGUGUACGUUCGCUGCUGGAUGAGGCUUUUGGGGUGUCUGUUGUCGCUGCUGCUGCAGCACCGCGUUGCUGCAGCAGCAGCAGCAGCAGCAGCAAAGGCUGAGGCGAUUAUGCAGAAGCAGCAGGUCUCGUCAGCAGCUACUGCGGAGUACGUGGGGCUUCCUUUGGGGCUUGGCGCUGCAUGCGAGGGUUUAAAUCUUUGUCACAAAUUUGUGUUGGCCGAAUUGGUGCAGCACCUCAACUGCCUGAAGGGUUUCGCCCAAGUUCUUGCCGGCAUGUACUUUUGCGUCGAAGCCCCAAGCUCUAAACUACCCGAGUUAUCAAGCAUCAGCAGCACACCUUCUGAAGACCUGCUGUGCGGCAGUCUGCUGCCCGCAGCUGUAGGCCACAACGCGAACCUGAAGGCCGAUGAGCUGCAGCUGCUGGACCUCUACCUCUCCCUUGCCGGACUAGGCUGCCGCAGAGAAGCAUGUCCCCCAGAAAGAGCAGCAGCAGCAGCAGCAGCAGCAGCCGCAGCAAUAGCAGCAGCAGCAGUAGCAGCAGCUGGGCAGCGCCUUCACCGGACAAAAGUGCAGGCGUUGCUGCUGCUCCCCAAGGAGCAGCAGCAAGCCCAGCAGCACCAGCAACAAGCCCAGCAGCACCAGCAACAAACCCAGCAGCAGCAGCAGCAGCAGCAGCUGGUGCCACGAGUUUCCAAAAGCUAA